AUGAUUCCUCCCUGCGACCCCUCCAUUCUUGAGCACAAUCCUCAAUUCAAACGACUAUAUGAGAAUCUAACAACCUCCCUCCUCAAUCCAGAUGCCUCAACGCGUGCUCAAAGCGCGAAACCAGCCCGCACAGCCGUGGUGGAAGAGCUGAAGCAAUGCCAGACUCAAAAUGCCAAAAAGCGAAUCAAGGAGCAAAUGCUCCGGCAAUUGGCCUUUGCCCCAGACAACAACCUACCAGCGGAGUCCCACGAUAAUCUCGCUAUAAUAACUCUCUACCUAGAGACCCCAUCUAGCGCAAUCGAACCUACCACUCCAAAACAAGAAACCGAACCCAAACAAGAUGAAGCACUCACCCUCCUAGCACCCGACAUUGAAGCUUUCUACUCUAACAUCCCAUCCUUCAUCCUACCUUUCUCCAAAGCCCUCUCAUCUGCGAUCCAAGACCUACGCGCUCUAUCAACCACAAACACAGACCCAGUCAUCGCGCCCGAGUCAUAUGCUCCAGCCACACAGCACUCGAACCACAACGCACGCGCCCGAGCCCGCGACCGCCGAGUCCGGACCUCGAUGGCGCCAGUCCCGCUGCUCUCAUCACAACUGCAGGCGCGGGUGCGCACGCUGCGCCACACACAGCUAUCCGAGCUGCCAGUCGCUCGGCGGAAGAUGGCUGCUACGGCGGCGGAGGUUGUUGCUGUGCGGGCGCGGGUCCUGGAACGUACUGUUGUGAUUCUAGAGCGGGCAAAGCAUGGGGCUUUGGCACGAGCGACAAAAGCCAAGGCGGAGCAUUUGGCUCUUGUUGCGCAAGGCGUGGAGGGGAAAUUAGAGGUUACGAAAUUGGAGAUCGCGGCUACGCUUUAUACGCCGGAAACACUUGCUGCUCUUGCUCGGUAUAGGCAGCACUUGAGGCAGACCAAGGAGCGCUUGCAGCACCGCCGGAAGAUGACGGCUCAGGAGCUGAGAGCUUAUGGUGAUAUCGAGAUGUCUGAUUCGGUUAUUGAUAUUGCUGACGACGAAUUUGCGGAGAUUGCUCGUCGAUAUGGGGUUUUGGCGAAAGAGGUUGAAGAAGUAAAGAUGGAAAUUGCACGGUUAGAGAAAUGA